GGUGGCGCCAUGGGUGAGAAAACAAGACUUCAAAUGAUGAUGAUGAGAGCGCGGCCUCGGCAGAACCGCCGCCCGAAGCUGAGGCAGAUCACCCUUGUUCUCGGGUUCAUUCUAGCCUUCUACUGCCUUGUAUUUGUCACCAGAACGCCUUCGUCCAGGGGACCGUCUACGAAGCGGCCGCCACGCGAGAUACUCAACAACCUAUCGCUCGACGAGGAGCAGUGCAAUGCCUACUUCCCCGGGCUCACAAAGGAGAUUGACGAUGCCGUGGCCCAGGGCCCAUUCCAGGUGAAGCAGACGGGCGAUUUGGGGCCUCUGCAGGGGAGGAUUAAAGAGGGACAGAUAUACAUCAUUCAUGGCCAGCGCAAAAGGGACCUCUCACAGGAAAUGUUGAACUCGCGCACGGCCUCUCUCCACCAACUGCACCGUGCCAUCCUCACUUCACCCUCCCCGCUGCCGGACACGAUCUUCACGCUCAACUUCCAAGACCAGCCCUUCGGCACAGCCUGGGCUUACAGCCGGCACGCCGACCCGGCCUUCCGCCCCAAGGACCCCAACGCACGCGCCUUCCUGAUGCCGCAUUUUUCCUUCUGGGCCUGGGACCUGCCCUUCAUCGGCUCCAUGUCGCGCGCCGCAGCCGCCAUCGCCGACCUCGAAUCGUCCUACGCCCAGCCGGGCCAGUGGCAUGUCAAGAUCCCCAAGGCGGUCUGGCGCGGCACGACGUGGUUCAACAGCGUGCACAGCCCGCGGCUGCGGCAGAACCUGGUCGCCGCCGCGCGGGGCCAGCCGUGGGCGGACAUCGAGCCCCUCGCGUGGAACGGCGGCGCGGGCGUGUCCGGCAGCAACGCCAGCAACGCGCUGCCCAUCGAGGAGUUCUGCCGGUACAAGUACGUCGUGCACACGGAGGGGAUCGCCUACAGCGGGCGCUUCCAGUUUCUGCAGAUGUGUGCGAGCGUCGUGCUCACCCCGCCGAUCCAGUGGAUGCAGCAUGUCACGCACCUUGUGAGGCCGCUCUUUUCGAGUGAUUUAAAGCUUGGAACCAAGGGAUGGACCCCGUCGGAGAAGUUUAGAAGGGCGUGGCCCGUCGGGUAUGGGCCCGACGAGGCGAAUAUCGUGUUUGUGGCGCCGGACUGGUCGGAUUUGGGGGACGUCGUGGCCUGGUUGGAGGAACAUCCUGAUAUAGCAGAGGGGAUUGCCAGGCGACAGCGGGAGUUGUUCGUCGGAGGCGGUUAUUUUAGCCCGGCUGCUGAGACGUGCUACUGGCGGGCUUUGGUGAGUGGCUGGGCGAAGAUGGCGAGGACCGAGGGUCAGGGCUGGGAGGACAUUGAGGGAACCACGUUCGAGGCGUUCAGUCUGACGAAUGGCCCUUGAUAGCACCUAGUGUCGUGAAUGGCGCCUCCGGUACUGUGGCAAGACUCGAAAUCGUCGGCUUCGGUCUCAGAAAUAGGCCAUGCAUCGCGUAUGAACUGGUCGUAUCGAAUAAACCUGAGCGCAAACGUGUCCCCCAACGCGCGAACG